GCUAGAUGAAACUUUACCUCCUGGUUGUGGCUUCUGCCACAUCCCUUACGAUGAACUCAACAUGCCGUUCCCGGCUCGGCUUGCUCACUGUUGCAGCUGCAGGAAGCAGAAAGUGCCCGAUGUUCUUUUCACGACAAUAGACUUGCCCGUGGACGCAGUGGUGUUUGGGAAAGGCUGCCUCAUCCAAACCAGGCUAUGCCGUCUGAAAAAGAAAGCCCAAGCCGAAGCCAAUGCAACCUGCAUCAGUAAUCUGCUGCCAUUUAUGGAGUACGAGGUACACACUCAGUUGAUGAAUAAGCUGAAGCUGAGAGGGAUGAACGCCCUCUUUGGCCUACGGAUACAGAUCACGGUGGGAGAAACGAUGUUGAUGGGUCUGGCAUCUGCUACAGGGGUUUAUCUGGCUGCUUUACCUACACCUGGUGGAAUUCAGAUUGGGGGGAAAACUCCCAGUGAUGCCACUUACGAACAGCAUAUCUCUCAUGUGCAGAAGAAAAUCAAUGACACAAUCGCCAGAAACAAAGAGCUGUAUGAGAUUAACCCUCCGGAGACAUCUGAAGAAAUUAUAGGUUCUCCCAUUCCAGAACCGAGACACCGGACCAGGUUGCUAAGAUCUCAGUCUGAAAGCUCCGAUGAAAUUGCAGAAUUGGAUCUCUCUCAUGGCAAGAAAGACGCCUUUGUGUUGGAGAUUGAUGAUACAGAUGCAAUGGAAGAUGUUCACUCUUUGUUGACAGAUAUCCCUCCACCCUCAGGCUUUUAUAGUUGCAAUACGGAAAUUAUGCCUGGAAUAAACAACUGGACUUCUGACAUACAGAUGUUUACGUCUGUAAGAGUCUCCAGACUUAGCAAUAUUACCCUCACAAACCAAACUCUCAACAAGACCUUUAACGAUCUCUGUGAGAAUCUACUAAAGAGUCUUUAUUUUAAACUCCGUUCGAUGAUCCCUUGUUGCUUGUGCCACGUCAACUUUACUGUUGCUCUUCCAGAAGAUGAAUUAAUUCAGGUCACUGUUACGGCUGUUGCAAUAACCUUUGAUAAACACCAGGCUUUGCAAACCACUAAAGCUGUAGAAAAAAACCUACAAAGAGCUUCCACAGACAAUGAAGAACAGCUGCAAUUUCCAUUGGAGCUUUCUUCUGAUCCUCACAUGCCUCAGCAGUUCUCACCGGCUAAAGAGGACCUGGAGAACACAAGCUCCCACGCAGGUAUAUCGGCUGGUCAAAGAGCCACUUCGGUUGAUUACAGUUCCUUUGCAGACAGAUGCAACAGCUGGAUAGAAUUCAUUAAACAGAAAGCUCACACCAUAAGGCGUGGAUCAAUUAAGACAACCAUCUCCCUGGACAAGCCAAGCCCACUGACCGAAGGACAGUGCCGUAACCAUCUGGGACCCAUGGGAAUGAACUCCACUGUGCCAGUUGUGAAGAUGACACCGCUCUCUUUCAUCCCCGGGGCAAAAAUAACGAAAUACCUUGGGAUCAUCAACAUGUUCUUCAUACGAGAAACCACUUCUCUACGAGAGGAAGGUGGUGUGAGUGGCUUCCUGCAUGCCUUUGUCGCUGAAGUGUUUGCGAUGGUCCGAGCUCAUGUGGCAGCUCUUGGGGGAAAUGCUGUGGUCUCCUACAUCAUGAAGCAGUGUGUGUUUAUGGAAAACCCAAACAAAAACCAG